AGAGCGAGGUGAGUCACGGGUGUAGCUGGCUGUCCUCGCUCGCUCGCUCGCUCCCUGGCUGGCUCCCGCCCGCCCUCCGCCCUCCUGCCGGCUCCCACAGCCUCCUCAGCGGCUGCCCGCCGCCGGGUCUGGAUCGCCCUGGACUCGGGCCCUUUGCCUCUGGAUAGCCAGCGCGCAGGGCCGAUGAGCGCCUGUCUGUAGCGCACCAGCCAGCAGAGCCGGGAGCCAGAGCGCAACUUCCAGGUACCAUCUGAGGUGCCCCUGACCGUCCCUGUUCCCCACCCCUUAUCCCGGCAAUGCUAACCGCUGUCUGCGGCUCUCUGGGCAGCCAGCAUACGGACGCGCCUCACGCCUCCCCACCGCGGCUUGACCUGCAGCCUCUCCAAACAUACCAGGGCCAUACGAGCCCGGAGGCCGGGGACUAUCCCUCCCCGCUGCAGCCUGGAGAGCUGCAGAGCCUCCCGCUGGGCCCGGAGGUGGAUUUCUCACAGGGCUAUGAGCUGCCGGGGGCAUCCUCGCGGAUAACCUGCGAGGACCUAGAAAGCGACAGUCCCUUGGCCCCGGGACCCUUUUCCAAGCUCCUGCAGCCGGACAUGUCACACCAUUACGAAUCAUGGUUCCGGCCAACACACCCAGGCACCGAGGACGGCUCGUGGUGGGACCUUCAUCCGGGCACUAGCUGGAUGGAUCUCCCACACACGCAGAGCGCGCUAACUUCACCUGGCCACCCGGGGGCUCUUCAGGCGGGCUUGGGGGGCUAUGUCGGAGACCACCAGCUUUGUGCCCCGCCUCCCCACCCGCAUCCUCACCACCUCCUCCCACCCGCUGGAGGGCAACAUCUUCUGGGGCCGCCAGACGGGGCUAAAGCCUUGGAAGCGGCGGCCUCGGAGUCGCAAGGGCUGGAUUCAAGUCUGGACACGGCGGCCCGGCCCAAAGGCUCCCGGCGGUCAGUGCCCCGCAGCUCAGGCCAGACCGUAUGUCGCUGCCCCAAUUGUCUGGAGGCGGAGCGACUGGGGGCUCCGUGUGGGCCUGAUGGGGGCAAGAAGAAGCAUUUGCACAACUGCCACAUCCCGGGCUGCGGGAAAGCCUAUGCCAAGACAUCGCACCUGAAGGCACAUCUUCGCUGGCACAGCGGCGACCGUCCCUUCGUAUGCAACUGGCUCUUCUGUGGCAAGCGCUUCACGCGCUCGGAUGAGCUGCAGCGCCACCUCCAGACCCACACCGGCACCAAGAAGUUCCCCUGUGCAGUCUGCAGCCGGGUCUUCAUGCGCAGCGACCACCUGGCCAAGCACAUGAAAACCCACGAGGGCGCCAAAGAGGAGGCUGCCGGCUUGGCCUCGGGCGAGGGCAAGGCCAGCUGCACAGUGGAGCCCCCGGGGGGCAAAGGCAAACGGGAGCCCGAGGGCAGCGUGGCUCCCUCCAACUGAGCUCCUGGUGCUGCCUCCAUGCUGAUCUGGGGGCACUGGGUUAGAGCCCCCAGGUCUGACAUCCUUGGGGGACGACUUGAGUAAAAGGGGAAGGUGGUUAUUUAUUAAGGAGGGGGGAAAUGGUGCGGGGAGAGAGAGAUGAGGCGCUAGGAGAGGGUUAGUUUUCUGGGGCUGGACAGAACGCGUUUGGCUGUUUGGGCCGGGAGAAGCUGCGUGUGCCCCUCAGUUCUCCCCUUCCUCACUAUUUCACUUGCCUCUGGGUGGGGGAUUAGGGUAGAUUACCCCUACCGCAGCUGGAGGGUGGAGGGGACAGGCUAGAGGAGCCAAGAGGAGUGGGGCCGGUCGGGGCGCUGGGGGUAGCUGUCUGGACACGUCUCUAGCCCUGGGAACCGGAACAUAAAAGCGCCUCCGGAGCCGCCCUGUGGCCUGGGUCUCUUUCAUCCCCCAUAAAACGCUUCUGCCCCUAGGGCUUCCGGAGGGAGCUGACAUGGGGUGGAGAAGGCUGGGGGUCUUCCUUGGCGGGGGGGUGUCUCUAUCUGCCUUGGAAGGUUGUUGCUGUAAAAAUAAUUCCUUUGAUGCACCUCCUUUAUUAACCCUUUCUGACCAGUCUGAUGGAGCCAUGAAGGAAGAGGGGAAGAGGACUGGAAUCUCUGACAGUGUCACAGCCAGGGCUGUGGGGUGGAGGGCAGAGUUAGCUGUGUUUGUGUGUUGGGGAUGAGUGGGGAAGUCUCUUGCUAAAAGGAGAGAAACGGAUUUGGUGAGGGAAUGGAAAGAACUAACUAGCCCCUUCCCUUUCCAAUUCUGAUUCCGUCUUAACUCCUGGUCAUUAUAAAAACUGAAGUCCAGUGGCCCACACUCCCUAUCUAGUACCCUAGGUAGGUUUUCAAGGCAGCCAGAAGCCCUAGCUGUAGAUUUUUUUUUUUUUAGACAGGGUCUCACUUUGUCACCCUUGGUAGAGUGCCGUGGAGUCACAGCCCACUGCAACCUCAAACUCUUGGGCUUAAGAUAUUCUCUUGCCUCAACCUCCCAAGUAGCUGUGACUACAGGUGCCCGCCACAACAGACGGUUAUGUUUUCAGAGAUGAAGUCUCGCUCCGGCUCACGCUGGUCUCAAAUUCAUGAACUCAGGCAAUUCAUCUGCUUUGGCCUCCCCAGUGUUAGAAUUACAGGCGUGAGCUGCCACGCCCGGCCCCAGCUGUAGAGUUGAUGUAAUCCCUUACCCUAUGUUCCCAUCAGUUGCCUUUCCUUUGGGGAUGGAAGGAAAAGGAUUAUUUGGGAUGGGGGGGCCAGAUUAUGCAUGUCCCAAAAGAGGGAACUCCAGCAGUUCCCACUGAGAGUGGAGGACUCUGCCCCCUCCCUGGGCAUCUCCUAACCAUCAGUCCUGCUUCAGUAUGAUAUUUGCCUUUGCCUCACAUCCGCAAGCCUUGCCCUUGUGGUAGAGGCUCCUUCCUCCCCAUCUUGCAGUGGUUCUCAACCUUCCUAAUGCCGCGACCCUUUAAUACAGUUCCUAUGGGUCGCAACCCUCAGGUUGAGAACUGCUGUAUAGGGGAAUCUUCCCCCUCCUUAAGAAGGAGUUGUUCUCCCACUGGAGGGGGUUGUGCCUUCCGAGGUGACAUCCAGGAAGCUGUCCCCAUUCCCUUCUCCUUUAGAUGCUAGAAGUAC